CUUGCACUUCUGACAGAUCGCCCGAUUGCAAUGGCGGUCUGCUGCCCCACAGAUCUGACGUGAGCAGCACACGAUAUGACAGAGAAAUCGGUGCAAGUGAAUGGCAUUCACUCGCCGUCCUCUGCUGCAGGGCCGCAGCGUCGGACUACAAGUCCGUUGGCACAGUGGAGAAGGUCGGGGAGCUCGAUGUCUACUUCACAGGACAGGGCAAGUAAGGAAAAGGACGCUGAUUGCAAUGGUUGGGUGAAUGAGCAUUGCUUCCGUCCGGUGUGUGGCGGCAGGGCUGGCGUGGUUGUCUUCUCCGACAUCUUUGGGGAUCACAACAACACAAGACGGGUACAUGUGUCGGCGCCGUCUACACACGCCCUUCCUUCCAAUAUGAAUGGGCUGCAUGUUGUGUGCUGUCGACGACAGGUGUGCGACCGGCUUGCCGAUGCCGGCAUGCUGGUAGCGAUGCCUGACUACUUCAGGGGCAAGCCAUGGCCGGCCGAGAAAUUCCCUCCGCCCGACAGAGACGAGUUCAUGGCUUGGAUUGGGACAUUCCCGUGGGAGCAGAUCAACAAGGAAACACAGCCGGUGAGUGAGGGGAUGAGUGGAUCGGUGGGUAGGCCGGGGAAUGAGGGCAUGUGUUGGGGUGUGGUCAGGUCGUGUCGCUGCUCAAGGCUCGCGGCGUUGAGAAGAUAGGCUGUGUGGGCUUCUGCUGGGGGGGAAAGAUGAUCGCACACAUGGCUGCAGACCCUCAGAUAUCGGCAGGUAGGUAUUCUUGAUUCCACGACACAUCACAGACAGCACCGCGUGUAGACACGUCUGUCCACAUCUGUCUAUCGGAACGUGUCAGUUGCCACGGCCCACCCGUCAUUCUGGACCCACGAGCUUCUGCAAGGCGUCAAAUGCCCAAUGUACGGCCGCAUCCCGCCCUACCGCCAUCCCGCCCUCUCUCUCUCUCUCUCUGUCUGUGUCAGGUGUGCGCUGCCGUCCAAGGAUGAAGCCGAUGACGAGACGCUCGGCAAGAGUGUCUUGGCUGCCGGUCCCUGUGGCAAGGAUCUGGUGUGGCAGCGAUUUGACGACAUGCAUCACGGCUGGGUGUCGGCGCGGGAGUACAACACCGAGGAGAACCGCAAGAGAGCCGCCGAGGCGAUCUCCAUCUUUAUCGACUUUUUCAAGAAGCACCUCAUGUGAUUGACAUGAGAGAGAGAGAUGGGGAGGCUCGACGGCAUGUGUGUCGUGUUUCGUGUUGGUGCCGCUCGGAUGAGGCCAAUCGUAUCGGGCUAGCGGGAGCUCGCUCGUCGUUCAGGCUGCAUUCGGCUGAGUUGUUUUUUCGCAGCAUCUGCUGCUGCUGCCAAGAGCAGGCGGUCGUGUACGUGUGUUUAUGUCGUUGGCAAAGUCUUUUGUCGAAGAAUGUGUGUGGCUGGAGGUCACGUCAUGUGUCGUCACGCACUACGAGCACAUUCACUUUCCGGCUCGGCUUGGCUCGCUGACACUGUCUUCCUGCCUGCCUGAAAAAGGACUCGAGACUACACAUAUAUCACUCACAUAAGGAACUGAUGUCCGUGAUGCUGAUGCUCGUCUCGUCCCCCCCAUCCCCCGCAUCGAUCCACCCAUCCUCCCACCCCUCAGAAGGAAUGCAUGGUCAGGAGGGCCGCCUGCCCCCCAAUUGCACUGCACUGACUGACUGCUGCAUCUGCAUUAUUAUUUUCUGCCCUCCCAGACGCCCAGACAAGCACACACACACACCACACACACACCCACACACGCGCGCACACACAUAGAUACGACGCAAUUAGGCGAGACAGAGAGUGAGUGUAGGGAAGUGGAUAGAUGAGUUGGCAUGCAUAUAGUAUACAGACGAGAAAUGACGGAUAAAUGAUGUAUGUGACACGAUGGAUGGAUGGCAGGGCACGUGUCGGUCGGUGUUGGGCGUUGGCGUUGGCGGUGAUAAUGGUGGUGUUGUUGUUGGUGAUGUGGGCGUGGCAUAUAACCCAACAAUGGGG